AUGCUCGAACGUGCAACAGGAUCUCUCGAGAACGCGGGACGACGUUUCCUUCGAGAUUCCAAUGGCAUGGUCCAAAACCCACGCUGUCUGUCAGGUCAUUUCUGGAAGCACACUGGCGCCAAAACAGAUGCUCCUCAGUGGUUUAUCGCGCUUUUGGAGGCGUCAGGUCAACGAUCGUCCCCCGUUCUUAGCACUCGACACGAAAGCAGAGAAUCAAGCGAUGAGAUAGGGCCAUUGUUUGAAUUCUUAUAUCCUCGGCACGCUCAAGCUUUGGGAGCUUCGCGUCUGUCUCGCCCCCAUAACAGGACUGGAUUUCAGAGGAGAUCACACUUGGGCUUUUCAAGAUCUUAUGUUUCCAUUUCAAGUCUUCGCCAAGCUGCAUCAGCGGCUUCAUACAGCCAUGAAGGAGUAUCCAAGCUGGCCCAGAGGCCUCAAGAUCCGGAAUCUCCCGAUAAGGACGGGAAAGCGAGCGCGUCCCUUCAGGCUUUCCUUCAGAAGGAUGGCAGCGAAUUUGAUAAAGCUUGGGUGCUGUACGUUGCAGCUGGAUACCCGUCGAAACUCAAGCCUGCACUAUGUGCUUAUAUGAGUAAAUCGCCCAAAGAAAAGGAACGAAAACGAGCAUGGGCACUCUUCAACGAAAUUCCGCCUGAAGAUCGUACUGAAACAGACUUCAACAACAUUAUAAGAUCACAGCUUCUUUCGUUACCCGCUCAAAAGCCUCUUAAUUUGCACAUAAUCUGCCAGCAAGCCAUUUUCACACCAUUUGCCCAAAAUAUCAUUUCGCUAGGCUUGAUGCACAUGGUGGAAAACCGACAGUGGGUCAAAAUUGCCAUACUCUGGAAGUCCCUAUUGGAGAUUCCUGAAAACGAGCGACCACCAUUGCAUUCCUUACUAGAUCGAUUUGAUCAAUUUCACUUUCCUGGAAAUUCCCUCUCCAGGCAUCUCAUUGCCCUAAAGUCGGCCUUGCCGAACGAUUCUACCAAUAUCACUGCCGCAAACAUGAAUGCAAGGAUGGAUUUCGCUCGCCAUCUGUUUGAGCGAUUUGUCAAGUCUCAUCACUUACUCAAACUCACACCGAUCCCAACUGUACUUCCACUGUUGCGCACAUACCAUUCUCUGGGUCUUUUGGAAAACAAACACUAUUUUGAUGUGAUAAGGGCCUUCCUCAUUUCAAAGCAACGGUCUGAAUUCGUCAAAUGCAUUCUUGUCUAUCGCCAAUUGCGAUUGGACAUACCGGAUACAGAGGUAGACGCAAAGAUGAUUCGUGCUAUCAUUCAACGCUUGUUAGAAUUCGGAAUGACCGACAGCAUGCCAUACUUCUUGGAUGAAGAGGCGCGCUUUGAUGAAGAUAAAAGACCAAGCAUCCGCUCAUACGAUGACGCAAUGGGUGCUUUUUCCAAGAUUGGGGACGUCAAGACAGUCCAACGCCUGUUUGAUAGAUACCUAGCAGAUCAUGGCCACCCGAAGACCUCAAGAUCGGUGACUCCCCUCCUUGCCGUUCAUGCGCGGCUAGGUGAUGUGGACGAGACACGGCGCCAAUUUGAUCGAAUCCCUACGGAGUUUGGUAUUCCGCUGAACACAAUCUGCUGGAAUAUUCUGCUUCUGGCGUAUGCUACGGCUGGGGAUUUAUCAGGUGCCCUGUCUACCUUCUCAGAAAUGCGAGAAAACCGCGUACCUCCUGACUCGUACACAUUUGGCACACUGAUGGGGAUUUUUGCCAAGCGAGGCGACGUCGAGGCUAUCCGCCAAUUGCUCAAAGAGGCGCAGACGAGCCAAGUAAGAAUCACAAGGCCAAUGCUUGAUGCAGCUGUUCAGGCGUACUGCAAAAAUGGGAAAUUGAGUUAUGCAGAAGAGCUUGUCGAGAGCAGCUGGGAUAUAGCGGUGGGAGGGUCUCCCUUGCGAAUGUGGAAUUUUCUUCUAAUGCGGUAUGCAUUCAGGGUAUCCAAGUUCUCCUUCCGACGCGUCCUUGACCGCAUGGGACAGCUUGGGUUGAAACCGGAUGACAUGACUUAUGCGGCUGUUAUGCUUGCUUAUGUGUAUGCCAUGCAAGUUGAUCGUGCGCGAAGUACUCUCAAAAAGAUGCACGAAGCUGGUUUUGAACCUACUGAGUACCAUUACUCCAUUCUUUUGCUUGGAUAUGUGAAGCAUCGGAACCGCGAUAUGGUACACAUCAUUUCUCGUGAAAUGCAGACACGCUUCGGUCGAGUCGGCAUGGAGGGGAGCCUGUUAAACCUGAGAAUGCAAAUUGCGAGAGACGUGGAGAAGGCAAAAGAUCUUCAAACGCCCGCCAAAGAUAUUAUCUUGGAGAACGCAGAGACAACCCUUUCUAAAUCAAUCGCGCAGUUCAGUGCCAAUCCAUCGCCAGCCAACACUCGAUUAUCCGACACUCGAUUGUCAACCCCAUCAAACGGUUUCGCUAUUGAGUCUUUCACUGCCACGCACUAUCAACGGCUGGUCGACGCAUAUGGCAUCCAAGGUGCUGCCGAGAAGGCACUUCAACUUUUCGCCCAUUACAUGCAACAUAGACGAACUACGGGUUCGUCAAACGGCGAUGAAUUGGAGAACUUACCGAUUGACUUCAUCAAAGCCAUUAUGAAUGUCUAUCUCCAAACCAACAAGUACGAGAAAGUGGAAGAGUGCUGGAAUAGUAUUAUGGCAAGUAUAAGCAAGGAAGCUGGUACUUGUGACCUCGAAAAAUUUCUCUCUGGGCGGUCCCCAACGCCAACUCUGCCAGCGCCAGCCGAUUCUGCUCUCCCAUCAAUGCUCUCAAUAUCCACCACUCAAACAGAGAAGCCCAAAAUUAUUCAUGCCCAACGCUUCAUUUUGGACUUUCCACUUUCGCUUUACAUGGAGUCCUUGGCUCGCCGAGACAUGUACGAGAGAAUACACCAAGUUGUAGCCGAGUUUCAGGAAACAGGCUUUGCAUUGACUGGUUUCAACUGGUCAACCUACAUUAGGAUGCUUGCGACAUCUGAUAAUUAUCCUAACAAUGUGGAAGCAUUCCGACUGUUUGAAGAAAAAUUCAUUGCUCAUUUCCCUGGUUGGUCGUGGUUCCUCAAGGGAUACGGUGUGAGACCGAUCAAUGCUCCCGUGACAAUCCUCCAUCUUGAAGGUCGCCCGGGCAUCACCAAACCCCGCAGGAUGAUGGGAAAACUGGCCCGAAAGCAUUGGCGCAAAAUCCAGCCUGAUUACAUGCACCCUCAUUACCCUACCAUGGUGCAACUAGCCAGCGCCCUCCAACGGCUCCGGCAAACAAGUAUUACGGAGGGAAAUGAGGACCUGGCGAAUCUCUACGAAAUUGCGCCAAAGACGGUUGAUGCCCUUGCGACGAUGCCAUCGGUGCCGGACAAAUAUCAGGCUACAAUCCUUCGCGGCAAAGAGGCAAAAAGGGAUAUCCUCCCACGCCCGGCUCACCUGUUCUCUGCGCGCUCUGGCGCUCUUGGUCCUGUGCUUGGCCCCCACAGAGCAAAAGAACGCAGUUUUGAUGACGCAAGUCAGGAGCCCUUCGAGCUGCAGAAAGAGCAAUACUAUGAGCCCUCGGGCAACGAGUCCAGCCUUACUGGCUUGCUCUCCAGUGGACAGCUGGGAGACUUGGGCUCUUUGUCAGAGAUCCUUCCUCGUGCAGACCGAAUUGACCUGGAAACCAAGUUGCACGAUUAUUACAAAAUGACAACAGAAUGGAAGGAAAAAGCCGAUAAUUACAAGGAGCUUAUCGCAGAUGCGCGCAAAAAUGAUGAUAUCCUGCGCGCCGAUGCCUACGAACGACGGUUGCGCAAGUUACAAUCUACCGAUAUCAGGAUGCCAACUCCCGAGCGGCAACUGUUUGACAAGGACAAUCGGAAGUACAAGUUGGAUACUCCAAUACAGUCUCUCUUCAAGCCCAUUUCUGGGCUCCAUGUGAAACCCACUCGGACAGGAAGAGAGCGAGAGCGUGUGCGAAGGAGAUAUAAGGGACCCUGGACGCACAAGGAAGAACCGAGCAACGCUUCUUGA